AUGUCUGCGCAAACAAACUACUACGCCAUGAGGCCUGCAUUUGAGCUGCAGCUGAACACACCGCUUCUGGAAGGACUGGCGACGAUUGGCCGCUUUGAUGGAAGGACUCCAUCGCUUGUUUGUGCCACGACCACGCAGCAGCUCGUUAUUCACACAAGUAAGAGUCAUGAAACGGUGGCUCAAAAGGGUGGAAGCGCGGCGCUAAACUCGGCGUCUUCCUUGCGCACAUUGAGCUUUGGUAAAACGCCAACAGCGUUGACGGUGGGCCGUGUGCAGGAUGCGGGUAACAGGAAAGGUGUUGAUGCCCUUUAUUUUGGUUCGGCCACGUCAUUGCUUGCCUACGAUGUAGAGAGGAAUAGCGAGUACUUUUAUAAAAACAUGGAGGAUGGGGUACAUGCGAUGACGUGGGGGGUUGUGAACACCGUGAAGGAGUCUACCGGCAACGGCAAUCCGAUACCAUUAGUCAUAGUGGGGGGGAUUUGCACAAUCAAUGGAUUUGACGAGAGUGGAACUGAGAUGCUGUGGACGGUGACGGGCGACCAGGUCUCGGCACUAGCGCUUAUGCCGUGGGGCGCAAGCAAUAACCGCGGUGAAAGCAGUAUUAUUUCUCCAGCUAUCAAUCCGAGUGAUGCUCCCCUAUCGUUAGUAGCGGCCUCGGAGGACUUUGAGUUGCGUGUGUUCGACGGGGAGGAGACUAUUGCCAGUAUUGUGGAAGUAGAGAAGGUGAACCAGCUUGUAUACAGCGGCAUUCCGGGUCGUUUUGCAUACUUAUCCGCCAAUGGCACCGUUGGCGUGUACGACCGGACCGAACGUGUUUGGCGUGCCAAAGGGAAACACCGACCUGUUUCCGCUGCCUUCUGUGAUGUGGACUUUGACGGCGUGCCAGAGCUUAUCGUGGGGUGGAGCAACGGGCGGUUGGAGGUUCGUGGCGAUGAUGCGGAAAAGCGAGGCGUACUGUUCAAAGAUACGUACGCGGCCCCAGUAAGCGCCGUGCUUGCGUACGACUACAGGCAGAAUGGACAGCCACUUCCUGUUAUCUGCACGGUCGACGGAACAGUACGUGGCCUGCAGCUGGCGAACGUCAAGGAAGGGGAGGAGAGGCAAUCGGUAAUGCGAAGUCAGGGGGCAUUUAGGCUGGACACCCUGCUGCGGGAGAAGCAGGCGUUGGCAGCCGAACUUGCCAUUGUGGAAGAACAGCUAGCUAGACAGCGCAGUGGUGACACGGAUGUGACGUUGCCGCAAUUGGGUACGGUGGUCCGUCAUAAUUUACUUCCAAACCCAAAGACCGGGCAGCUGGACAUUGUCUUUGUGGUGCAAAACGGCCAUCUUGACACCAUCAUUCAGGGCUGUAUUCUCCACAGCGAGACCUUGUUUCCCGGCAAGGAAUACGCCUUUUUUACGGUCGCAGAUCCCUCAACGACUCUCGUUUGUCCCGUUAAUAUUGAACGGUGUGUCGAGGCGCGUGUGACGGCUUCUGUUAUGGUUGGUGCUACGAACGCCGAAAAUUAUCAACUUUACGAACUCUCCUUAGAUAUUCCCAAGUUUGUCAUGUAUCAACAUUGGGAAAGGGACCAGGCGGUGCCAUUCAAAGAACCGGCGGGUUAUGUAACACUUCACUUACCGAAGGAAUUUUAUUUCCCACAUUUGGGAGCAUGGCUGGAGGAGACUUUUUCUCUUUCAAGUACCCCUGCAAUGAGUGGCGAUUUUUGUCUGGCAUUUCUGGAUAUGCGGAAUGGUCAUAGAUUGGUGAUCCAGGGAAAAGCGGAAAUUCGCGAGCUACAGAUCUACGGGGAAACAAUGGAAAUAUGUGGGGACGUGGUGGAAAGCCUGGGGGUGGCGGGGGUGGAUGAAGCCACGGCGGUCUGUCAUUUCCCUGCCGAGUUCCAGGAGCUUCAGGCAGCUAUUCAUUCCGUGGAGGCAUUCAAUGCGGUCCGUCUGAAGUUGACCAGCAGCAUGGCAGAUGCCGCUGCAGGUGUGAAGCCGCUCCUCACCCGUGCAGAGGACUCUCGGCUGAUGUCGGACAUCACCAACAUGCGGCGGUUGUACGCACAGCUCUACGAUCUCAAUAAGGAGCUGAUCGCUGAGAACAUGAAGCGGUGCAACAACUACGGCGAGCUGAAAGCAGCUCUGAAACAACUCAACGCGUACAUCAUGAGGGCAGGGAGACUACGAAUUGGGCAGGCCAAGACCCGACUCAUUUCAGAUUGUCGCGACGCCGUGAAAUUCGGGGACACCCGAUCGCUCUUCAGUCUCAUACGCACCGGCCAGAAAUGA